UAAGUCACUCUGUUUUACAACUGACGAAGAUUUCCUGCUUCCCUGUUAUAAGACGCCCCGAGCCGCACAUUGUUUUCGUAAAGAGCGAUGGAAAGACUUACGAUUUUCUUGGCUGUUAGUGCGAUGGCGAUGUUUUUUCUCGACGUACACGCGUUUCGUACACCCGUCCGCCCAAUAGCGCCACGAACACAGAUACCAGUGGAGCCAGUCGGCCCAGUGUUGCUACUUUCAAAAAUUCAGGAAAUUGUUCGUGAUGUAAGAAAACUCGGGAAAAAUUUGGACAUCGUGGGUAAUUCGAACCCAGCUUACUCGACAGUGUUACUGAUCAUGCUCAACGCCGCCUGCCAGAAACUGAAAGACCAGGGUGUGAACCCGCUACCAGAUUACUGCUACAUUAAGAGCGCAAACUUCGUCCAACCCAUCGUCAGACCACGCUACACUCUUGUCAAAGAGAGACAACGCAACCGUUACUGAAGUUUGAACGAAGACGGACAGACAGAUGUUUUAUUAUUAUACAUACACAGUAAAAUACGCGAAAAAAAAUAAUCUUAAUAAACAAUAUAAAGGCCGCUCCUUAUGGAGUUAUGAGAGACUAAAAUAAAAUCUUUUUGGAAUUUCUAGCUUUACAAGAUACCGGGAAAUCCCAUUCGGAACUCCUCGGUUAAUUCCACGAAUCCAACCUCGGAAUCACAACCUGAAGUCUUAGUCGAUUAUUUACUAUUGUCUUGAUUUUCCGACGUUAACUUUCAGAAUAUUUAGUUGACAAUACAGACAUACUUUCAAACAAUGAGUUUAGCAAAAGACCUGAAUUAUAUUAUGUUAUUACUUUACAAUACAACUGUUGCUGUUGUGUAUAAAGUAAAGAAUGUUCCAUAUUACUGAACUAUUUUGUGGACAGUUAGUAAUGAAGAGACAUACAUGUGGCCUCGCAAUCACCGUUGUCUUCUCAUUUGGAAAUUUGCCCGUGCUAAUAGUCUGCUGUUUGACUGUGAUUAUUUCAUGGCAGCCAGCUUUGAAGUUGCAACUAUUUGACUAAGUUGACAGGGGAUAGAAUGUAGUUUGCACACAUGUGUAACUUGUUGACAUUGAAGACAUGCAAACGUAGUAUUUUUUGUGUAAAAUGGGUGUACUCCGGCCAGGUUUAGAGGGUGUGUUUCUUUAAACCAAUAUCCUUGAAGAAAGACCUGAACGACAGGGGUUGUCCUUCUCGGAGUAUGUUUCAAUCGGGCAGGCAAAGGUACAUAAACAAUUCACGGGCCUGCUGAUAUUAAUAAAACUGUUAUAGCCACUAACGCUAUAUUGAAACAUUUAGCGUAAUUAAUUGUGGUCUGUGGCCAUAUAUAAUUCAUACAUAGACAUCGGCCGAAGUGUUCCGAAUGCGGGUAAUCCGUAAUGAGCCGAGGGAUUCCGAACGAAAUGUCAAGAUGGCUGUGCCUAUAGCAUAACUGAGUAAAAUUAUAUAAAAGGAUUUUCACGUUAUUGAAAAAAAAGUUUUUCUGUUGGACAACAUAACGAGUUUACAUCGCCUGAAGAAUGCAUAAAUAUUAUAAUUGUACAUUGUGGUAUGUUCAUCGAAAGUGUGUGAAGAGUUUUCGUGCAAAAAAACUUCGGUUAUAGUUACCUACACAUUUUAUUUUACAAUACUACAUACUAUUAUAUUUAUUGUAUAUGAUGUUGUAAUUAUUAGCGUGUUGGAUCAGAAAAGUGUGUGUAACAAUCUAUAUUACUUAUUUAUUAUUUUAUUUGUACUAACUUAUUUAUUUAUUCACCUUCUACUUUUAUCUCUGAAAAUUGUGUACAGUGAACAUUUGAAAUAAAUAUUGUAAUUUG